CUUCCCUCUCACUGAUCGUCCCGGUAUUUCCGCGGAGGGGCUGCACGCGCGAUUGCGCUAUUGAUACCCACUUUACAGUGUGUCUGUGGGAAGUCUCUCUCUCUCUCUCCCUCUCUCCCUCCCUCUCUCUCUCUCCCUCUCUCUCCGUCCUGCGCUCUGGUAAACUAACAGGGAGGUGUUAACUACUUUUGCUUUUCCAAAGCGCCUCCCGUUAUCUCCGGUGCCGCCGCUCCGCAGCCAGAAGGGCCAGUGCUACUGAUAUUCCCACUCCGCAGAAAAAGAAAAAAAAAAAAAGAAAGAAAAAAAAGUUUUCGGUUUGUUGUGAGGAUAAAAAAAAAAAAAGAAGAAGAAGCCGGAAACCGGGGAGUCGUCAGCAUUAGAAGCGGAUUCUGCCUCGGCGAGGGAGUUUCUCCUUUGAUGUUGGCUGGUAGUCAGCGCGGCUCUGAAGCUGGCCUCCAGCAGGCCGCGCUGCCACUUGAUACUGUCUCGGCGACCACAUGAAGAUGACUGCCCGGCCUUGAAGACCUACAGAUGUCCACCCUACCCAGACCGCUCUGCUUGGCCGACGCAUGAGGGGAGCAUCGUACGCAGGAGGGCGUUUUCCAUCUCAACCAUAUAUUGUGUUUAUGGUCAGCGCUGAAGUGGACCGAUCUGUUUAAAUGACUGAAAGUAUGAAACAGCCCUUUCCUGACAUGGAAGGAUCCAGACUGAAAUGAGACAGUGAAGAGAAAUGAACUGAAUUCAUUUUGAAGUCAAGUAUUUCCCUGCCGUUUUUUCUUCGUGUGCAUUUGACAAACAAAAGAUUGUCUUCUGAACACCUUUUGUUAAAAAAAACCCCCCAAAACUGAGUUCUUUAAGUCUAACCCAGACUUUUACCUUUCCUUAGACCCUUAUCAAGGGUCUUGGGUCCUGUGUUCAGUAUUAUUUGGAGGACCAUCUCCUCCCGUCUGAGUACUGAGAGCUUUUUUUAAGUCCAUCUCGACAUGGACCUCCACAGGGCAGCGUUCAAGAUGGAGAGCUCCUCCUACCUGCCCAAUCCCCUGGCCUCGCCAGCCCUCAUGGUGCUGGCUUCCACUGCCGAAGCUUCCCGGGAUGCCUCGAUCCCCUGCCAGCAGCCACGCCCUUUUGGCGUCCCGGUUUCGGUCGAGAAAGACGUCCACUUGCCAUUUAACAACGGUUCCUACACUUUUGCAUCAAUGUACCAUCGUCAAGGUGCGGUCCCGCCGGGAUUCCCCAACAGGGACUUUCCUCCUUCCCUCCUCCACCUUCAUCACCAGUUCGCCCCUCCCAACCUGGACUGCUCGCCCAUCAGCAUGCUGAACCACAGCGGCGUUGGUGCCUUCAGACCUUUUGCGUCUCCCCCAGAAGACCGCGAUGGCGCGCCGGGCGGGUAUCAGUCCGCCUUCACCCCGGCCAAGCGUCUCAAAGGUUGCCUGGAUGCAGAGGCCUCACCCCACCUGCGGUACUCUGACGCCGAGGGGAAAGAGUAUGACUUUGGCGGCGCCCAGAUCCCACCGGGGGGCUCACCCAGCAGCGCCUUGAAAGCGGUGGAGGACAGUGGAAAAAAGAUCUUCGCCGUGUCCGGCCUCCUGUCCGAUCGAGAGACGUCCUCCAGCCCCGAGGACCGCAUUGAGCGCUGUAAAAAGAAGAUGUCGCUGUACGACAGCCAGGCUCCAGUCUGUCCCAUAUGCCAGGUGCUGCUCAGGCCUGGAGAGCUGCAGGAACACAUGGAGACAGAGAUAGAGAGGUUAGCCGCCAUAUGCCUCAGUAAGAACCCCUCACCCAAAGAUGGAACAGCCACUCCAGGAACCCCCAAGGUGAGAUCGCCCCCGUUUUCUAAUGCGUCAAUGCUGUUGUCGGUGCACAUCAAACGUGAGGGAGAGUCUCCUGUGGUCUCUCCUUUGUCAUCUGAGGACGCCCACCACUCCGACAGAUACCAGACGUUUUUACGAGUAAGGGCAAACAGGCAAACGAGAUUGAAUGCCUCUGUCCACGCAGCCCGUAUAGGCAAGAUGAAGAGGAGGAAGCCUGAGGAGGGGGGCCAGGUAUGUCCGCUGUGCAGCGCCCCCUUGGCUGGGAGCGAGGAGGAGAUGAGUAGACAUGUGGAACAAUGCCUGAUCCAGCGUGAGGGAGCCUUAGCCGACGAUGACUCCGCAGACAUGGAUGGAGAAAAUGGGCGGGGCUUCGAGGAGUACGAGUGGGCGGGGCAGAAGAGGAUCAGAGCCACGGCUCUGCUGGAGGGAGGAUUCAGAGGAACCGGUUUUGCCACGUGUAGUAUCAAGGAGAGCGCAGCCGACAGCGACGCCGACCUCGACGUGGACGGAGACGACACGCUGGAGUACGGCAAAGCCCAGUACACCGAGGCCGAUAUCAUCCCCUGCUCCGGAGCCGGGGAGGACCAGGGGGAGGCCCGGGAGAGGGAGGCGUUACGGGGAGCUGUGCUCAAUGGAGGGAUGCCUUCGAACAGAAUAACGCCUGAAUUCUCCAAAUGGGCCAACGAUGAAAUGCCGUCAACAAGCAACGGAGAAAGCAGCAAGACGGACCCCAGCACUCCUUCAUCAUCGUCCUCUUCCUCCUGUGCCCCACGCACCUGUAAAAACAGUGAGAUUGAAAAGGUGACAGAGGAGGAGUCGACGGCGACCACCAUGGAGGCUCUGAAGGCUCGAAUCAGAGAGCUGGAGAAGCAGAUCCUGCGAGGAGACCGAUACAAGUGUCUUAUCUGCAUGAGGAAGCCUGCUAUCCAGUCAGGCCUGGAGAUCAAGAGCAUAGGGGCGUGGCCGGGGCGCCGGCCACUGGCCAAUGAGGUCGGAGAGAGGCAGCCUAAGUCCCUCCCCCUCGGCCUAUACUGCCUGUACAGGGGCCUUGUGAUUGGUGGCUACGGCAGCGGCAUAAAGAGGCUCCUCCCACAGCCCCUACGGAGGGACUCGUACACGAUGCCGCUAACCUCCAUCCAGUGCUGGCACGUCCAUUGUGAAGAAUGCUGGCUCAGGACUCUGGGGAACAAGAAGCUUUGCCCGCAGUGCAACACCAUCACCUCACCCGGAGACCUGAGGCGUGUCUACUUGUAAAGAGCACAACCGCCUCCCCUUCCGGUCCAUUCCUCCAUCGUGGAUUUCAUCCUCUUCCCCGUCUUCUGGUCAUUUGGUUCUUUCUGUGUGUCUCUCACGGCCAGCGCCUCAAUGUCCCACGAGCGUUCAGAGACAGGACGGCCAUCUUUAGGACUCGGCUGGAGAAUCUCUUUAAGGAAUGACUCUGACUCCACCGCUUUGUGAUCCACUCUCAUAAAAAAAAAAAAGAAGAAAAGAUGUGGAGACCAGGAUCCCUGUCAGUCGGCUGGCCUGCCCCUCCCGCCUCAGUGACGUACUUUGGGGGUGUCUUCGCUGAAGGACUGGGAGUCAGUGGAGACACCGGACGGCUUCAGGCCGCCGGAGGGGAAACAGAAAGAAGCUUCGUCACACAGACUACGAUCCCUCCUGUUCCCCUGCUCACUCUUCCGUGUUUCAGUGAAGCUGGACAAGGCGGACUCUGCCGGUGACUCUGAGGACUUGACAGAGAGCGUUCUUUUAGUUUUUUGUGUUCUUACUGCAGAGAGAAAACUUCAUGCAACUGUUGCUUAAGAGAAUUUAAAAAAAAAAAAAAAAAAAAAGAGCCCGUCCACUAAAACUGAGCUUUCAACCAAACUGAGCAUAACCUCACAAACUUCAGAAGGAGUUUGACACUCGCCCUCCUCCACCUCUUCGACUUCUUCUCCCCUCUGCCCUCCUCUCUUUCCUUCUUUUGUGGUGUUCUAGUGAAGUAAACCAAAAGUUUUCCCCCCCCCCGACAAGAUGCAGCGCAAGCACAUGUAAUAUAGUUCUAUGUAUGUUUACAAUGUUGGGUGUAAAUGACAUAGAGUUCACACACUUGAGACACACCUGCAGACACACUCACACACACACAAACAAAUAUAUAAUAUCAAAGUCCUGUUUUUAGUUGGAAGGGUUUGGGGUUAUGUUUUUUUUUGGGGGGGGUUAAAAAAUGGCUGGAAUAAAGAAGCCUUCUGUAUUUUUGAAGAAAAAAAACUAAGAUCAUUUGAAGAUCCAUCGGUUUUAUUUGACUGUACAGGAAUUAAAAAAAAAAAAAGUAAUAAACUACUCCAGUCUAGAUGGACAGGCUUUAGGUGGUGUAAUUUUAAGUUCCCUGAAAAACUGUAGAUCUGAACAUGAAGCAAGGAAGGAUGUGUUAGUUUUCCCCAAAAGGAGAGAUUCUUAUCGCCCGAGAUUUCCUGCAAACAGGCCGAACAAUGGAGCCGCUCUUUCGUUGAAACCUCGUCCAGCCGAGCCUCUUCUUUUAACUUUCAUUUCUGCUUCCGUCUGUCGCACCAACAACAUGCUCCGCUCACAGCGCAGACGCUUCUUUUUGGUUUGUUUUACCCCGACGUGUCUCAGAAGAAAGCUUUUCUCCAUUGUUCUCAUCACUGCUGUGCUGCAGCAAAAGAGAAGGUCCCAAAACGGCAAAGGUUCCUUUCACAGUGAAGGUGUCUGUGGAGAAAGGAUGGAACUGGAAACCUCCCAAACCCGCAGCAUCCCCCCCCCUCCCCCCGACCCCUCUCCUCCUUCACGGCAGCAGCAUCAGCAGCCAAGGUGGUGGUGUGUGCUUUGUGUUUGUAAAACUAUGUAUUCUGUGACGUCUGUAUUGUUGUAAGAAAUACUGCAAA